GUCUGCCCCACACGCAGACGGGAGCUCCCCACUAAACGGCAGCGCGGGGCAGAAGCGACCCGGCUCUCCGCUGCUCCACACUCUGCCAGGAACACUCGCCGUGGACUUUGGGGGAAGCUGAGGCGAAAAUGGGCCUACAGCAUGGAGGGGGAUAUUGAUUUUUACAAGCAUUUCACUUGGCUCAAAAAGGUGAACCUCCGGACCCCCGCGAGCAAUGAGACUUACCAGGAGCGCCUGGCUCGCUUAGAGGGGGACAAGGAGUCGCUGGUGCUGCAGGUGAGCGUGCUCACUGACCAGGUGGAGGCCCAGGGGGAGAAGAUCCGGGACCUGGAGAGCUCCCUGGACGAGCACCUCCACAAGCUCAACUCCACGGAGGGAAUGCUGCAGCAGGAGCUCCUGAGCCGGACGUCGCUGGAGACCCAGAAGCUGGACCUGAUGGACGAGGUGUCGUACCUGAAGCUGAAGCUGGUGGGCAUGGAGGAGGAGCAGAACGAGGGAGAGAGCCGGCAGCACAAAGCAGAGGGUCUGCUGCAGGAGCUGAGAGUGCUGAAGACCAAAGUGGACGAGCUGGAGGGGGAGAAGUCCCAGUAUGAGAGGAAACUGAAGGCCACAAAGUCUGAGAUUUCUGAACUUCAGCAACUUCUGUCAGUGAAAGAUGCAGAAAUUGAGAGUCUACACAGCCAACUCUUAUCCAGAGGACCUGCGUCCAAUGAAAUUGCAGAGAGAGAGGAGGCGCAUAGGAGGAGGCUGAAAGAGAAACAUCAGGAGCUGCAGAGGCUCAAAAUGGGAAUGGAGACACUAUUAGUGGCGAAUGAUGAGAAGGACCGUCGCAUUGAGGAGCUCACGGUCCUCCUGGGCCAGUACAGAAAGAUUAAGGAUGUGAUGGCGCUGGCUCAAGGGUCCGGCGACAGGAUGCUCUCCGGCAGCAGCGAGGAGGAGCUGAGCGGGAGUCUGAAGAUGAGGGCGCUCGCUCACAAGGCCCACUCGCAGAUCCUGAGGUCUGAGGUGUCUUCUAGAGGCUCCUCCCCCCUCCUGGUGUCCCCUUCUUCUGUCCCCCAGGAGCUGUCCAGCUGCAGCAGUGUGCAGAUGUCCCCGGAUCUUGCGGUCUCCCCCGGCAACGCCGGAUUCCAGAAUGGGCAAUGGACACAACCGAGGAUGCUGUCGAACAGCUUAGAGGAGUUACAGAGUGGAUCCUUGCAAAAGUAUGUAGUGGGGAAACCAGUAGAACCUGGUGUGUCAGCAGAGAAUCGCCAUGUCGAACAUAACAAAUACCAAACUUUGCCCGGGAAGCUGUUUCGAUCUGGUGAAAAUGGAGAAAGCUUUUCGCCACCAGUUCCGAAAUCCCCAGAUGAGAGCGAAGAGGGUGAAUUCAGCUUGAGAAAGGCAGAGAAACCGGACGACGCGACGUCGUCGGACCUCUCGCCCGUGUCGUCCGGCGUCGAUUCGGGACAGCAGUCUCCCGUCUCCCCGGACAGCAAGAAGAGCCACAAGGGCAUCAAGAAGUUCUGGGGAAAGAUUCGGAGGACCCAAUCGGGCGGCCUGCACGGGGAGAGGGAGGACUCGGAGCCCACGGAGUUCCGGAGAGGGGGGCUGCGGGCCACCGCCGGCCCCCGACUGGCCCGCACCAGCGACAGCGCGAGCGCCGCGCGGGACAGGAACACCCCUUUCUCCAAGUGGAGCUCGGAGCAGGUGUGCACCUGGCUGGAGGACUACGGCCUGGGCCAGUACGUGAACCUGGCCAGGCACUGGGUCAGCGACGGACAGACCCUCCUCUCCGCUACGCCCCAGGACCUAGAAAAGGAAAUGGGAAUUAAGCACCCCCUGCACAGGAAGAAGCUGCAGCUCGCUCUCCGGUCUUUCACCUCCAAAGUGAAGGAGAGCUCGUCAGAACUGGACCACAUCUGGGUAACACGUUGGCUCGAUGACAUCGGCUUGCCUCAGUACAAAGACCAGUUCAACGAAGGGAGGAUCGAUGGCAGAAUGCUUCAGUACCUGACAGUGAACGACCUUUUGUUCCUCAAGGUCACCAGUCAGCUCCAUCACCUCAGCAUCAAGUGCGCCAUCCACGUCCUCCACGUCAACAAGUUCAACCCCCACUGCCUUAAACGCCGGCCGGGGGACGAGCACAAGACGUCGCCCUCGGAGGUGGUGCAGUGGUCGAACCACCGGGUGAUGGAGUGGCUGCGCUCGGUGGACCUGGCCGAGUACGCGCCCAACCUGAGGGGCAGCGGCGUGCACGGCGGGCUGAUUAUUCUGGAGCCGCGCUUUAACUCGGACACCAUGGCCAUGCUCCUGAACAUCCCCCCGCAGAAGACCCUCCUGCGACGCCACCUGGCCACCAAUUUCAGCACCCUGGUGGGCCCCCAGGCCCAGCAGGAGAAGCGCGAGUACAUGGAGUCCCCCGGCUACGCGCCCCUGACCACCACCGCCAAAGUCCGGCCCAAGAAGCUGGGGUUCUCCAACUUCGGGCACCUGAGGAAGAAGAAGGGGGACGACUCCGCGGACUACGUGUGCCCCAUGGACCCGGCCCCGCCGGCCGCGAACGGGGCCCACAGGCCCUACUCGGGGUUCAGGGGCCUGAGCCCCAUCUUCGACCGGGACGCAGAAAGGCUGGAGCAGGUGGGGCAAAACAGCUGAUCUGACCACGCCCAUCCCCAUGAGCUUGCAGCCAGUAACCCCCCCCACCUCGCCUGUCCCCCGUCCUCCCUGUGCCAUUGCAUUAACACCCAACACCCCACCACCCCAACCAUGGGCAUGAGCAGACACCAGAACAAAAGGAUAUUCACCAAGAGAUUCCCGCUGGGUUCCAUGCUCUUUAGACUGCGGAAUCAACAUUUCAGUCCUGGACCGACUGUACCAUCAUCUCUCAGUGCUUUAAUGCAGCGUUUCCCAACCGGUGUGCCGCGGCACUCUGGUGUGCCGUCAGGCGAGGUCAGGUGUGUCGUGUGAAAAAUCCUUUAAAAAAAAAAAAUUAAUGUUCAAAUGAAUUAAAAAAACCUAAAUGAACAAAUCCCACUCACAAAAGCCAAAAUAAAUGUCAUUAAAAUUAUUUAUCGCUUAAUUAAAACCCCAAAAGAACAUUUAAGGCCUACUGUUGGCACGUUCACACCUGCGCUGCAGGGUGUUUAUUUUUUAUGCUUUUGAGAGCGGUGUGCCAUGAGAUUCUGUAAAUUUGGAAAGUGUGCCGCGGAAGGGAAAAGGUUGGGAAACGCUGCUUUAAUGCAUAACAGUCUUGCUGUGUUUCUUAACAUCGCAUAUUCUUUUUGUGUAUUUUGAGAUUAUAUUGAGUACACUUUGUGUAGCGAAAAGAAAUCCAGCUGACUGUUGGAUUCAAUUUUUGAAUCCUAAUGGUUAUUUUUGACUGUUUUUCUUCAGACAGUUGUGUAAUAAACCUGUGCAAUAUUUGCACAUUGAUGAAUACAUCCAAUAUUUCUGUUCUUUCGUUGAUAAUGUAAUGGCAUAAAUAUCAUGAAAUUCUAUAUCUACACAUGUUUUGGAAGAAAAUAAAUAUAUAUAUUAUGAAUAUUCCAUUCUGUUAUUUUGGUAUAAAAUUACCUAAAUAUUUUUAUAGAUAAAUAUACUGUUGUAAUAAGUGAAGCAUCUUGUCCUCAUGUCAUUGUAAAUAUUAUUAUCCAAAAUGAGACCGGACUACAGUAAUUAAUAAAUAUCAUAAAAGUCAAAGC